AUGGGGUCGGAGUGGGACUUCGGGGUGUUCUCGGGCGUCGUCGGCGUGGAGAAGCCCGACCCGAGGAUCUACGAGGCUGCGCUGCAGCAGGCGGCCGGCGGGGCCGGGAGCGGAAGCGUGGCGCCCGGGGAGGCGCUCCACAUCGGCGACAGCCUGCGCAAGGACUACGCCCCCGCGCGGAGCCUCGGGAUGCACGCGCUGCUGCUGGACCGGUUCCUGACCGCCGAUGCGGAGUGCUGGCGGAGGUCCGGCGCGCUCGUGCUCCCGGACCUCGUCGCCGCUCAGGAGUGGCUCCCCGGGGGUCACAGUCACAGGGAGGAAGCCGCGGAUCAGCCUGUCACGGCCAGGUGA